GAUGAGCGCAGGAGGCGUGGCAUCUCUAGUUGAUUAGCGCAGGGGGCAGCCACGAUUUUGCACGUGCAGCCACUUAAUGACUCGAUAGCUAUUCAGCCACAUCCAGUCCAGUCUGGGUGUUUGCAUUGUAACGGGGCAAAGAGGAAUCUCCCGAAAUUCGACACUGUUGUGUAGGUUAUGUUCUGUGUGUGACAACUAGAAACAGUUUAACUUGGUUUAUUUUACAUAGGCCACAAUGUUGCCGGACGCCUAUGGCUGUGUCGUGGCAAACCGAUUCGGGGAGCUCUUGGACGACGAGGCUGACCCCUUCGACCUGCUCAGCAUGGCGGAGAGCACGGAGAAAUCAAAGAAAAAGAAGGAAGACGUUAAGAAAGCAAAGCAGAAGAAGCCUGGCCAGAAGGAAUCUCAGAAGGAGAGACGCGCGGGAGUCGACGAGCAACCUGCUCCUCCUAUGGGUUCAUGUAUUUUCUGUGUGCCCCGAUGUGCAGUGAAAAAGCCCCCAACACGGGAGCCCAUGUCCAGUGAGAGCCGAGGCGGAGCAGUGGAGGGUCAAAGGGCCCCAAGAAGGAAUGCGUUUGAGGAGCGACCGUAUGAGCCAGAACAGUACUACCAGGAAAACUAUAUCUCCAGGUCCUCCUUUAACAGCGAGGUUGACCCCAGGGUCCAAGGAAGCUUCAGGGGUGGUCGAGGAGGAAGGGGAGCCGGCUAUCCCAGGAACUUGGAGAACUUUAAUCCCCGUGGCAAGAGGGAAUAUGAGCGGCAAAGCGGAACAGGCAUGUGUCCUGAUGAGAAGAGGGGUGGCAGAGGAUCGUGGAACUGGGGCACCGUUCAGGACACUAUUGGUGAUAUGGAUGUGACAGCCGCAGUCAACCCUGAGUCCCAGGCCCCAGUGGAGGGUGAAGAACAAGGAACAGACCUGGAAGGAGAGGUGGUGGUCCAGGUGGCCAUAGAGAUGAGCCUGGACGAGUGGAGGGCACUGCAGGAGUCCAGCCGCCCCAAGUCGGAGCUGAACCUCCGCAAGGCAGACACCGAGGUGCCGUCCAAGGCCAGGGUGAUUCACGAGUCCAAUCUGCGUGAGGACAUCAAAGAGGAGGACAUGGAAGACCACUUCCUGCGCAGGUCUGUAAAUGACAUCACUUCGCGCCUGGACAUAAACUUCGGGAGUCUCGGACGUCCCGCCCGGGGAGGGCGAGGCCGGGGCAGACGGGGUGCCAUAGCGGGUACCCCUGAGGUUGUCACUCCCAAAUUUGAGAGGGUCGACAUCCUGGCUCCAAACCCAGAUGAUCCAGAGGAUUUCCCAGCACUGUCGGCUGGAAAAUAAUAAGGGCCGGUGAUUGUCACUUCCAUUGCCCACUGGUGAAAAUGGGAUGCACUUGAGCCAACACUAUUUAUUCACUGUUGUGUUCUGCUGUUCCAUGGUUUGGGGUUCAUGUUGCUUGUUACUGACUCCUGGAGAAUAAAACAUCUGCAAAUUAUAUUUGGUGAGUGUUUUCCUAUGGUGGGGCAAAUGUGCUUAGAUAAGUGGGAUCAAGUUUACAUGAUCUGUUUUUGCAAUAUGCACUUUUAUGAACUUGAUAAAAGCAGGGAAAGUCAACUGAUGCAGCCAAUGAUGAAGCUGGAACACAGGUAGAGUAUUGGGUUUAUUUAAAAAGCCAGUUUUAACCAAGCAUAAUUACUUGUUUGGACCCCAUGAGGGCUUGGUUCCUCUACUUCUAAUGAAUCAAACCGUACAAAAUAUUUACAAAAUAGACGUUCUCAGUAUAUCAAAUGAUUUCUUAUUUACAUUACUGUAAUACAUGAACUUGACUGAUGCACACAAUACUUGACUUAUACAAACACCCUGUAUGUGCAUGAACUCUGCAGGAUGCACUGCCAUUGGUAUACUGUUCUUCAAAACUGGAAUAUCUACUUUUACUGCUUGUUUAAAAGUAAACGCCAGGUUGACAUAUUCACAUGCCAGUCUCGCGUGGUAAACCUUACGAUACUAAUGCAUGCUUUAAUGGGUGACAAUUCUAUGAUUAUGCUUUAUGAAAAAGUUUCAUGAUAAACCAAGUGCUUUACAGAAUUGCAAUUUAACUAGUUUACAUGAGAGCAUGUCACACAAACAUUGAAGCCAGACUGGACCAUUUUGCAUGGUUCCUUUAUAACAAAAUGCACUGUACUUUAAAAGUGAAAAAAAAUAAA